AUGAAUAAAACAAAUAUUACUAAAAGUUUAUCAAUUCCAAAAACUGUAAAGAAUGUAAUAAAAUAAGCCAUGUUUAUAUCUCCACCCUAUAGGUAUAGACAAAUAGCAAUUACUAUACUAUAAAUGUUUACUAGAUAAUAGAAAACAGAGCACCAAAAGAGUUCCUUUUGCUAAUACAUAAUCUUAGUUUAUAUUUGGCUACAAAUAAUUAGAUUAAAUAUUUUAAUUAACUUUGCUUUUUUCUAAUUUUUUAGUAUAGUUUUUCGAUAUAUUUUUCUCACUUUUCUGAUCAAAAUAAUAGAAAAUAAGACAAGUGAUAAACUGAAAAUAGAAUAAGAUUAACAUUAUUUUGUUUUGAUAUUUAAUAAAUAAUACAAACAAAUAUCUAGACAAAUAAAACAACCUCGUAUAUUAAUUAGUAUAUAAAAUAUUUAAUUUUUUAUGUAUGUGCAGGGUGGGGUGGGGUUCUUACAUUUUGUAUUCUACUAAAUAAUAAAUUAGAAAUUUGUUUAUUAAGAUUUUAGAUCUUCUUCUUUUUCUUAUUAAAGCUAAUUAUUGAGAUAUUUGGUUUUAACCAGAUAGAUAGAUAGUAAAAUAAUCAAUAAUAAAAAAUCAAGCACAUGA